AAAUGAAAUUAGUUUGUUAUUAUUUCCUCUCUGAAUGAAUACAAAUCUCGCGUGCCUCUGUAAGGACGUUAAAGAUAACGUUGCAGGAAAGCUUAAUAUUUGCAAAUGUCUUUUCGUGAUUCGUUUCGUGUUCACUGAUCACCAGUGACUGUCCGUUAAGCAGUAAUUUAUCUUGCAUGUAUCUUGGUGAACAUGGACGUGAGCCAUUCCAUUCGUGAACGCACCAUCGCCGAGAACAGUCUGGUGAUUCUUCUUCAGGGUCUGCAUGGUCAGGUGACCACCGUUGACCUGCGAGACGAGAGCACGGCGAGGGGACGCGUUAUUAACGUGGACGCUUUCAUGAACAUCCGGCUGGAGAAGGUUCUGUACAGGGACAGACGUGGACAUGUGUCCAGUAUGGACGACUUGUUCAUCACGGGGCGAAACGUGCGUUAUGUCCACAUCCCAGACCACAUGAACAUUAUAGAGACAAUAGAGACCCAGCUUGCCAAAAUACACCGCGUGCGAAACUUUGGAGCAAGCGGUGGACGCAAAGAAUACUCUAAGAAAAAAUAGUUUUUAUGAGAAACUCAUGUUUGUCUUGCAAACAUAUGGUUUUGUAAUGGGCAGUAUUUCUUUUCGUUAAGUCAUGCAAUCAUGGAGAAAAAUUUAAUGCAUAGUUUACUUUGAAAAGUUGCUAGUUGGUGACUGAAAGAGCUCUGAAUGUCAUCUCUAGGAAAAGUGUGGGAAAGUCAAUUCUGUGUAGUGUGCACAACUCUGGUGGUUUGAAAAAGCAGUAAACAGUGAUAUAACCAUUGAUCAAUGUGUUCCUUAAGUUGACAUUGUGUUUGUUUAAACGACACAUCUUUUUUACUUUUAAUAUUUGUUCUGUCUCUUAAUUGAGAUGUCAAUAUCUCUCAACCACAAUUAUAUCUUAAUCACAUUAUGCAAAUAUUGGUACGUUAAAGCCUUUUAUUUGUGCAAUUCAAAACAAUGUUUUCAGUUUAAUGACUGUUAAUGUUUUUUAUUGCUGAGGUUUCAUAAGAUGUCUGUAAGAGACAUUCAUCCAUCUAUGUUGUCCUCACACAUAAAAAUCUACCAAUAUAUUUGUUUAGAACAGUUUUUGACUGUUUUUGCAUGUAAAUGGUGCUUGAUCUCUGUAUAUUUCUCCUCUGAUCACAAUAAGAAUACUUUUUACACUGUUGAAAGCAAUAUUAUAGACUGAGGACUUGUUUUUUUUUUUAGUCAGAAGCAGCAGAUUAAAGUGGAAAACGCCUU